UCUCGCACCCCACACAGUCACACUCCGCGCACUCACACACUUGGAAGCGCCUCCCCACGUCCCUCCCCUGCCCUCCUCUUGCUCUGCUCUUCUCUCCCUCACCACAAAUAGUCGCCGACCUACUGCCAAUCCGCCUCUCUCUCUCUCUCUCUUUCUCUCCUCUCUCUCUUCUCUCUCUCUCUCUCUCUCUCUCUCUCUCUCUCUCUCAACAUGACUGACUGGGAAGCGGUGGCUCGGGCAGAGCAGCUCUGCUGGCGCAGGCAGGAGGAGCAGGAGGAUUAUUAAAUAACGCAGCUCGACUCUGUGCAACUGGGAGUGGAGAGAAGGAGCCCAACAGCCGAGAAGGGGAGGGAGGGCAGAGGAGGGGGACCAGGAAGGACACCCCCGUGCCCCGAAGACAUAAAUCCCUGAGUGCCCGGGAGGAGCCUUAACAAGCGCACGGAGCCCUCAAGGCUGCUAAGUUGGCUUUCACAGUGCAAGCCUUGGAGUCCCAAUGGGGGACUCAGGAUCAAGACGAUCUACCCUGGUCUCCCGGUUGCCAAUAUUCAGAAGAAGUAUUAGCAGAAGACAUGAUUCUCUUCCUUCUUCACCUUCUUCCAGUAAUACAGUUGGUGUCCACAGUUCCUCUCCUUCCAGCACUAACUCAAGCUCAGGUAGCACAGGUAAACGGAGGAGCAUAUUCCGUACUCCUUCCAUUAGCUUCCACCAUAAGAAGGGGAGUGAGCCUAAGCAAGAACCUACCAACCAGAACCUUAGUAUUUCAAAUGGUGCUCAACCUGGUCACAGCAAUAUGCAGAAACUGAGUUUGGAAGAACAUAUUAAGACCAGGGGAAGACAUUCUGUUGGUUUUAGUAGUUCACGAAAUAAGAAGAUAACAAGAUCUUUGACAGAGGACUUUGAAAGGGAAAAAGAGCACUCAACUAACAAGAAUGUCUUUAUAAAUUGUCUAAGUUCCGGCAAAAGUGAAGGAGAUGAUUCUGGUUUCACGGAAGACCAUACUCGCCGUUCUGUUAAGCAGUCAACAAGGAAGCUACUCCCUAAAUCUUUUUCAUCUCACUAUAAAUUUUCUAAGCCAGUUCUACAGAGCCAAUCUAUUUCACUGGUACAGCAGUCUGAAUUCUCAUUGGAAGUUACACAGUACCAAGAGAGAGAACCUGUGUUAGUAAGAGCUUCGCCAUCCUGCUCUGUGGAUGUAACGGAACGGGCAGGAAGCUCUUUACAAUCUCCUUUGCUUUCUGCUGAUCUUACCACAGCUCAGACACCUUCAGAAUUUUUAGCCUUGACUGAAGAUUCUGUGUCUGAAACGGAUGCAUUUUCUAAAAGUGGAAGCAUGGCAUCCCACUGUGACAACUUUGGCCACAAUGAUUCUACCUCUCAGAUGUCUCUCAAUCCUGCUGCUGUUACAAAGACAACAAUAGAACUUAUGGGAACUGUCCCCUGUGCAAUUAUGUCUCCCGGGAAAUACAGGUUAGAGGGUCAAUGUAGCACUGAAUCUAAUUCCUUACCAGAAACCUCUGCUGCUAAUCAGAAGGAAGUGUUAUUACAAAUUGCUGAACUACCUGCUACAAGUGUGAGACACUCAGAGAGUAACCUACCAGCACAUACUGAAAGAGAAGAAAAUAUAGGGUUACAAAAUAGUGAAACAAUGUUGGGGACAGACUCCCCAAGGAAACUUGGAUUUUAUGAGCAACAUAAAGCAAUAGCUGAACAUGUUAAAGGGAUCCAUCCUAUUUCAGAUUCAAAGAUAAUACCUACUUCUGGUGAUCAUCAUAUUUUUAACAAAACGUCAUAUGGAUAUGAAGCAAAUCCUGCCAAAGUUCUUGCCAGUAGUCUCAGUCCAUUUCGUGAAGGAAGAUUUAUAGAGAGGAGACUGCGAUCCUCGUCAGAAGGCACUGCAGGGAGUAGCAGAAUGAUUUUGAAACCAAAAGAUGGAAAUAUAGAAGAAGUUAAUAGUUUAAGAAAGCAAAGAGCAGGUUCUUCAUCUUCAAAAAUGAACAGUUUGGAUGUUUUGAAUAAUUUGGGAUCUUGUGAACUGGAUGAAGAUGAUCUAAUGCUUGAUCUUGAAUUUUUAGAGGAACAGAAUCUUCACCCUUCUGUUUGCCGGGAGGACUCACAUCACUCUGUCGUCUCAUGUGCUGCAGUAGUUCUUACUCCUAUGGAACCAACAAUAGAAAUGAAGAAAAGAGAAGAACCAAAAUUUCCUGAGCCUUCCAAACAGAAUCUUUCCCUGAAAUUAACAAAGGACAUUGAUCAAGAAGCCAGGUGUUCCCACAUCAGCCGAAUGCCCAACAGUCCAUCUGCGGAUUGGCCCCUACAAGGUGUGGAAGAAAAUGGAGGCAUAGAUUCUUUGCCAUUCAGACUGAUGUUACAGGACUGCACAGCAGUCAAGACGUUAUUAUUAAAGAUGAAGAGAGUUCUUCAAGAGAGUACGGACAUGAGUCCAGCAAGCAGUACCACGUCACUUCCUGUUAGUCCUCUUACCGAAGAGCCAGUGCCUUUCAAGGAUAUAAUGAAAGAUGAAUGCUCGAUGCUCAAGCUGCAGCUGAAAGAGAAGGAUGAACUCAUUUCCCAACUUCAGGAAGAACUGGGAAAAGUUCGGCAUUUACAGAAGGCUUUUGCUUCAAGAGUAGAUAAAUCCACACAGACUGAACUACUAGGAUAUGAUGGUUUAAACUUGAAAAGACUAGAGACAGUUCAAGGAGGGAGAGAGGGCACAGCUUAUGGAAGUGCUCCUGUACCUUCUCGCAGGCAAUUAUUGAAAGGACCCAGGACUCCUCCAAGAAAUGGCUGAUUACAGAACUGGGGCAACAAGAGUCCAAGAUAAGCCUGGAGAAACUUUUGAUGUCAGAUAAUAAAAGUUUAAAAAGUUAUAGGAGUUUAUCAAAAGGUCACAGGAGACAUCUUGAAGGAGCUCUCACUGUAAAAUCUGAGGUAAUCUAAUCUCCAAACAAUAAAGAAUAGCAAUGAAUAAUAAAUUGUUAACAGAAUUCAUGAGUCUAUAUUAGUAUUAAAGAGAUGGCGAAUAGAUGGAUAAAUAAUUGAAUAAAAAUGUAACUGUGGAAGAAUAAAGGGCUUUCCCUUACAGUAGAAUGUCAAUUGAUAAAAGUGUAAAUCGUACUAGAGUUGGAAAAUCAUCACUUUGCAACCACCAUAAUAAAGGUUAGUCAAGAGUAAGGAUCAUCAGUGGAUGAUAAAUCUGUAGGAAAUUUUGAUGUGGAGCAUGGCUUAAAGUGUCCUCCUACAGAUUGCCAAUAAGUUGGAAAAGAAAAAAUAGUAACUCUAGACUGGGGAAGCUGGACGGCACUUGAACCAGGUGAUUGUUAAUGAAAGCAAGUGAAAUUUGUUUCUGCAUGUGACAGCCUACAAAGCAUACAGCGUCUCUUAUGUAUUAGCCUUCCCACAUAUAUACAUGUUUAUAUAACCUGCAUUUAAUCAUAAGCAAAUACCAGACAAACUCAAAAUGUGAAAUAUUAUAUUAAGGAAACAAAAAAGAUGCAUAAACCCCCAUAUUCUUCAAAAAUGUCAAUAUCAUGAUAGAAAAAGAAUGGAGGAGGAAAUGUUCCAGAUUGAUGGGGACUAAAAAGACAAGGCAACCAAAUGCAAUAUAUAAUCCUCGACUGGAUCCUUUAUAGGAGGAAAAACAACAGUGUUAUAAAGAACAAAAUUAAGAUCAUUCAUAAAAUGUGAAUAUUUUUGAUAGAUUAAAUGAAAAUAUUAUAGUAAUGUUAAAUUUUCUGAAGUUGAUAAUGAAAUUGUGAUUCUGCAAGAGGAUGCCCUUGUUUACAAAUAUGUACCAAAACAUUUACUAUUUAGGGAUAAAAAAUAUGUAUAUAGACAUAAAAACAAACAUACCUAUAUAAAGAAAGAGACAAAUGAUGCAAAUAGGGCAAAUAUUAACAAUGGGUGAAUCUCGGUAAGACUACAUAUUUUUCCUUAUUUUUGCAACUUUUAUGAAAGCUUAAAGUGAUUUUCAGCUAUAAUAUUUUUAAAAAUUAGAUUUCUGUUAUUUAGUCCCUGAAAUGAAAAUGAGACAAUUUAACAGUAAAAUACUCAGGACACUGAGAAAAAAUGGUUUGAUCAUCAUUUAGGUAUGAACAUUUAAGAAGAUAUAUCAAAAUCUAUGAAAUAUUAUACUUUAGCUUAUGUAGGAAGCCAUAUAUAUUAAAUGCUCCUAAAUGUUUAAAUAUCUAACUAAUUUUGUGAGUAAGAUUUCCUUGAGGCUUUGGUCUCAGUUUUCUUGUCUACAGGAUGGGACUACUAGGGCCUCUGUACCUUUCUGUGUAUUAUAAGGCAAUGUAUGAUUUAGUACUAAUAGAUUAAAGGUAACAAGAAGAUAACUAAAUGAUUAAAAAAAAAAUAAGACAGGUAAGAGAGAUAAGAACAGUCUCUGAAUGUUCAGAGGUGGAAGUGAUUGCAUCUAGAUGGGAAAACAGUUAAAAGUUCUUGAAGGAUCAUUUAAGUUAAACUUAAAAGACAGAUAAUUCUUUCAUAGCUUUUCUACAUUUUGCCCUUUGUUUUCUAUAGGACUUUAGACUAUUAUUCAUGAAAUCUGGGAAAAAAAUGUUACUUGCAGUAUUGACAGCAAUUGUAAUAAAGUAAUAAUUUUUCAUUUUAAUGUAACAAUUAGUUCACCAUAUAAAAAUAAACAAUAUGUAUUCUUAACUGGAGAAAAAUAUUACUAUUGAUCAAUUGAUAAUGAAAUGGUGAAAACUGGUCUUGAAUUCCUGACCUCAAGUGAUCCACUUGCCUCAGUCUCCCAAAGUGCUGAGAUUACAGGCAUGAAUCACCACGCCUGGCUUGAUAUGUUUCAUUUUGAACACUGGUAUUUAUUAAAGCACCAGGAAAACCUACCAUAACCUCUGAUCAGAGAUCCCUUUGUUCUAAAUUUUUCUUGUCUUAAUUUUAUAAGUAUGUCAAUAGGUAUAUAAAUAUAUACCCACCAAAAUGGGAUAAUCAAAUUAUAACUAUAUAAUAGAUGUUUUAAUAAUUGUACCACUAUCUGAGUGAACAUGACUUUCAAUUCAUAUGGGCAAAGACCAAGGAACACAAUUGCUGGAACAUAGGGAAAGUGUAUGUUUGGUUUGUAAGAAACUGCAAAACUCUUCCAAAAUGGCUAUAUCAUUUUACAUUCCCAUCACCAAUGAUUGAGAGUUCCUGUUGUUCCAAAUCUUUGCUAACAUUUAGUGUUGUCAGUGAUUUCGAUUUUGGCCAUUCUGAUAGGUGUGUAGUGGUAUCUGGUUGUCUUAAUGUGCAUUUCCUGAUGACAGAUGAUAUGGAGCAUCUUUUCAUAUGCUUAUUUUCCAUCUGUGUAUCUUUUUUGGUGAGGUGUAUGUUCAGGUCUUCGGUCCGUGUCUUAAUUGGGUUAUUUUCUUAUUGUUAAAUUUUAAGUAUUAUUUACAUAUUUUGAAUAAUAAUCUUCUAUCAGAUAUGUCUUUUACAAAUACUUUCUCACAGUUUGUGGCUUAGCUUUCAAUUCUUUUAACAUAGUCUUUUUCAGGGCAGAGGUUCUGAAUUUUAAUAAAGUCUGAUGUAUCUAUUGGUGUUGUAUCUAAAAAUUUAGCAUUAUACCUAAGGUUAUCUAGGUUUUCUCUUCUGUCAUCUUCUAGGCAACUUAUAGUUUUAAAAUUUACAUUUGGAUCUAUGAUCUAUUUUGAGUUAAUUUUUGUGAAGAGUGUAAGAUCAGUGUCUAGAUUGGUUUUGUUUGGUUUUGUUUUUGCAUGUAGUUGUCCAGUUUUUCCAGCACCAUUUCUUGAAAAGACUAUCUUUGUUCUAUUGUAUUGCCACUGCUCAUUUGUCAAAAAUCACUUGACUAUAUGUAUGUGGGUCUAUUUCUAGGUGUUCUUUUCCAUUCCAUUUACCUAUUUGCUUAUUCAUUUGCCAAUGUCAAUCAUUAUCUCUGAUUACCGUAGCUUUAUAAUAGGUCUCAAAGUUAGGUAGUGUCCAUCUUCUAACUUUGUUUUUUCCCUUCAAUAUUGAGUUGGUUUUUCUGGGUCUUUUGUUUCUCCAUAUAAACUUUAGAAUCAGUUUGUAAAUAUUGACAAAACAACUUUCUGAGAUUUUGAUAGGGAUUGUGUUGGAUCUGUAGUUCAAGUUAAGAAUUGACAUCUUGAUAAUAUUGAGCCUUUCUAUUCAGGAACAGAGAAUAUCUGUUUAUUUAGUUUCUCUUUGAUAUAUUUCUCAAAGUUUAUAGUUUGCCUCAUGUAAAUCUUGUUAGACACAUUUUAUUAGAUUUUUACUAAGUAUUUUAUUUUGGGGUGCUAAUAUAAAUGGUUAUUUGGUUUUAAUUUCAAAUGCCACUUGUUAAUUGCUGUGUAUAGGAAAGCAGAUGAUUUUGUAUAUUAACUUGAUUUCCUGCACAUUGCUAUAAUUACUAGUUCCAGAAAUUUUUUGUAGACUAUUUGGGAUUUUGUGAAUAUACAAUCAUAUAUCUUCAUAUAUCUGUGACAGAGACAAUUUUAUUUCUUCCUUCCUAACCUACGUAUCUAUUAUUUCCUUUCCAGUGGUGAAAAGGGACAUCCUUGCCUUGUUUCUGAUCUUACUGAGAAAAAUCUGAGUUUCUAACUAUUAAGCCUAAUGUUAGCUGUAGGUUUCUUGUAGAUUUUUUAAAAAACUUAAUUUGAGGAAAUUUUCCUAUUGCUUGUUUGAUAACAGGUUUUUUUUUCUUUGUUUGUUUGUUUGUUUGUUUAUCAUGGUUGGC